AUGGCUAAAUCUCAUUCUGCGGAGUCAUUUGAUAAUAUGAUCUCUAAAGUUUUAGAAAAAUCCAAUGAUAAUGUGAUGAAACUAAUUGACAAGUUAAUGGACAGAUCAAAUGAAAGUCUUGAAAAAAUAAUUAUUCUGUCCAACAACAACCUGGAAAAACUGUUUGACAAAUUCGACUCAAAUGUUACAAAAUUAAUUGAAAAGUCAAAUGAAAAUGUGAGAAAAUCAUUGGCUCAUUCAGAAAAUAUAUUGAGUAAACUUUUCGAAUCAACUGUCAUUCGUAUGGAGGCUCUCGGCAACAGUUUCGAGCAAGCAGUCAAAAGUAUGUCGGAGGCCGUAACUGAGUCAAUGGGCCAACUUCUUACAACAGUGGCUGCUCUGAGUACCAGUGUUUCAGAGUGCCAAAAACAGGUCUUAAAAAUGAAUGAAACUCCCUUGAUUGAAUCAAUGACCAGGGCCCUAUGGGCGGUUGAUCAGGAGCGUAAAGACGAGGAACGACGAGCCAGCAAUGUCAUUAUCUCUGGCAUGGAUAUGCAGCCCGGAAUCAACGAUGAAGACGCUGUUUCUACCAUAUGCGAGAAUUAUCUGACACUUAAACCGCAGAUUGUCAAAACACGUCGAAUCAACAACAAAAAGCCGAGCAGGCCUUUCUUAAACGCCAGGAACGACGUCUUGCAAGACCAAAUCAGAUAUCCAGCGGCGUGCAGCCCUUUCGUUCCACGUAAUAUGAACCGGACACUUCGUAUGUCUCUAGCAAAUGUUAGAAGUUUGCAGAAUAAAAAGAAUGACCUUAAUUUAUUUUUGUCAGAAUACGACCCUGACAUUUUUUCUGUUAUUGAAACAUGGCUUUCACCAGAAGAUCGUGAUGAGUUAAUACUACCUCCUGGUUUUUGUUUUGUUAGAAAAGACCGUGGAACACGUGGUGGUGGAGUGGCUUUUGUCAUUAAAAGCUCGGUUCAUUACAAGGUCGUGAAAACACCAACAAAAUACUCUCACAUCGAAAUAAUCUCAAUUGAUGUUUUUUCUUCAUCGACAACAUAUCGUUUCAUCUCCUACUACCGCAGUGGUGGAUUUGACAAUUUGGCUGUCGACUAUGCCAUUGAUAGCACACAAUGCAUCACAAUGCUAUGCAACGGUAAUGUUAACUGCCUACUGGGCGAUUUCAACCUACCGCUUAUUGAUUGGAAUAACUAUUCAUCGCCAGAUAACGCAAUUUAUAAUUGUUUCAUUGAACUUUUUAACGAUCUUGGCCUGCAUCAACUGCUGAUGAAGAUCGAAAGUGUUCAGAGAAGAUUUACUAAAGCCAUCCCCUCAAUUCGCCAUCUUCCAUACCUAUCACGUUUAAACUCAGUUGGCUUGCAAACGAUAGUUAAAAUUUGGAAUGCACUGCCUGAGGAAGUAGUUUCCUCACCUUCAUAUGCCAUUUUUAAAACGAAACUACUUACUGUUGACCUUAGAAAUUUUUUGCAGAUUAAAUAA